AUGAUUUUUAAAAAAAAUAAAGAUAGAAUUAAAAGUUAUUUAAAAUAUUUUAUUGUAUUACUCUUUUUUUUAAUUAAGAUUGAAAAUUGUCAAAGCCAAGUUAAACUAAAACCAAGUUUAGUUGGUUCUCGAAUACCAAUAACAUCAGAUUUAGCAUGUUCAAUUAAUACUUGUUCAGAGUUAGGUCAGUUAUGUAAUAAUUCAUCACCAUUCACUGGACAAAGAUGUUAUGCCAAUGAUAGAUGCAAGGAUGGUAUUUGUGUUCCAUCGUUGAAAGUAGGGGAGAUUUGUCAAGAUAGUGGUGAUUGUGAAAUAGGCAGUAGUUGUGUUUCAUUUAAUUCAACAUUAUCUUUCACUUUGCAAAGCCAAAACAAAACUUGUCAACCAGCAUUCUUUGCAGAAUUUGGUGAAGAUUGUGUUAGAGCCACCGAUUGUCUAAAUUCAUUAGAUUGCAUUAAUAGAAAAUGUUCAACACCAUUUUAUGGUUGCAUCUCUGAUUUAAGUUGUGGUUUGGAUUCAUAUUGUUUUAAAGCCAAAUGUAUAAAAUAUGAAUUAAAGGAUAAUGAAUGUUUUUUAUUUAGAUCUUAUUCUUGUAGAGAAGCAAGAAAUCCAUGUGGAUUGAAAUCAUUUAAUAUAUCAUCAAUAGGUGAAUGCAAACCAAUAAUUAAAGAAGGUGAUCCAUGUUUAACUAAUUUAGAUUCGUGUGAUUGGACAUCACCUCAAUAUUGUAAACCUUUAUUUAAAGGAAGUGUAUUGGGGAAAUGCACUCCACUUCCCAUUAGUUACCCAAGAGCAUGUAUUUCAAAAAAAGAUUGUUUAGAAUAUGAAUUUUGUAAGUGUGAUCCACAAUCAGGUGUAGGAUAUUGUACUACUAGAGGGAGAUUUCAAGGGGCAUUUUGUCAACAAAGUGCAGUAGUAUUUUUUUCAUGUCUUGACAGAAAUAAAGUAAAUUGCUCAGAUAUUUACUCUAUUAAUCCGUCUUCAUGUAUUGCCAAGAGUAAAUGUAAUGAAGAGUCUAAAUGUGUAAACUUUUUUUGUAGCUCACCUUUAAUACCAUCUUCAUUCUGUAAAACAAAACAAUGUAAUCUCUCAAUAUUUAAUUUUACUGGUUCAAUAUUACUUUUAUCGUCAUCGUCAUCACCGUCUUUACCAUUUUCACUGAUUAUAAAAAUACAGACAUUUUAUAAUAUAAAUUUUUUAAUAUUAAUGAUAGUUACUAUAACAUUACUAAUAUAG